CUUGGCCGCAUCGACACUCUCCCCGCACCACCACACCACCGCCGCUGCGGCUCACGGCUACGCAGCCCGCUCUCCCGUCCGCUCCCCUCCUCCCCUCUCUCCGGUUGCGUCGAGAGGUCGCCCCGAAUCGAUCGCCCGACUGACUCCGCUAGGGUUCGGCCCGAUCGCCGCCGCUUCGUCCUCCCCGCGGGGGUUUCCCCGGACGCGAUGUCGGACCGGAGCUCGCCGGUCGCGCCGACGUUCUUCCCCUUCGGCCCGCAGGCCGAGGCGUGGGACGUCACGUUCAAGGUCAAAUAUGGUGACACACUUAAGAGGUUUUAUGGUUGUGUCAAUGGCGCUCAUUUUGACAUGAAUUUAUCUGCUCUACGGGCAAAGAUAGCCACUGCCUUUAAGUUUGGUCCUGAUGCUGACUUUAUUCUGACUUACAUUGAUGAGGAUGGUGAUGCUGUAAUGCUAGAUGAUGAUGAUGACCUACGCGAUGCAGCUCUGCGUCAGAAACUAAACCCUCUGAGGAUUACUGUUCAACUAAAGAGAAGUCAGCCAACUGAACAAAAGGAGAAAAAUUCUACACCUGUGAAGCCCACUCCUCAGGAUCCACUGUCCCAGAUUAUGUCAGUUAUUGAAGGUUUGAAGCCUGCUCAGGAAGAAAGUCUGGCACAUAUAAAAUCAGCUAUUGGUGAAGCUUUUAAGUCUAUCCCAGAACCAAUUCCUGAUGCCCUUGCAAAACUCUCUAGUGAAGCACUUGAUGCGGCACCACAACCAUUAGCUGAGCUGAUGAAACCUUUUGUGCAAAUGAUGGCACCAAGCAAUAGUGGCAAUGGACCAUCUGAUGCACAUGCUGAUGGGUCAUCCAGCUCUUCUAGUGGUGUGACAGAGACACAGGCUCCUGCCAACAAAGAUGAAUCCAAAGCUAAGGCAUGUUUGGGUCUUAGGAGCGUGUUAGAGGAAGCUCCUGCUCCUGCUCCUGCUGCUCCUAGUGCUGGGGCUUCUCAAGGUCAACAACCAUCAAUGUAUCCAUCUGUUGAGGAGUUGCUGUUCCCCAGCAAUUCAGUUGACAUAUCUGUUUGCAAAGGGAAGAUUGAUGCUCAAAGUAAGGGCAAAUCUAUUAUGUCCUCUGCUACACAGCCUGCCCCUCAUGCUGUUCAUGCUCCGCCUCCGCCGCCUCCUUGUGUUUCUGAAUGGUUCCGUCCACGAAGAAGCCAACCACUCCAGUGGCAAUCUGAAGAUAAUGCAAAAGUCACUAGUGAUUCCAGAUGGCGCAUUCCAAUGUAUAAAGUACCCUAUGCACCACCUGCAGCAGUGCCUCAUGCACCCCCAGGCUAUGGACCUUCUCCACAUUUUCCUUAUCCAGGUCGCCUCUUGUCUUCUGGGCAUCCAUAUGGAGAUAUGUCUGGUAAUAUGGAGAACUCAGCACCACGUAGUCUCCAUAGAUGGAUUCAGUGUGAUGGUUGUGGAGUGCAACCAAUUGUUGGUCCACGUUACAAAUCUAAUGUGAAAGAAGACUACGAUUUGUGUGAUUCCUGUUUCCAUCGCAUGGGAAAUGAAAUGGAGUACACCAAAAUAGACAAGCCUGUUUUACCCCACAGGUUACUGAGAGAUCCUCAUGCGUACCGAAAGGUGCACCACCCACGGGUUGUCAUGAAGUCAAAACGGGAGAAACUCGAAAGUCGCUUCAUUUUGGAUGUAACUGUCCUGGAUGGAACACUGAUGACACCUUCUACCCCAUUCACUAAGAUUUGGCGCAUGCAUAACAAUGGGGCUAUUGUGUGGCCAUUGGGCACACAGCUUAUCUGGGUUGGUGGAGAUCAGUUUGCAUUGCAGACCUCUGUUCCAUUAGAGAUUCCGGUCAAUGGGUUUCCUGUGGAUAAGGAGAUUGAUGUUGCUGUUGAUUUUGUGGCACCUACAAGGCCUGGGAGGUACAUAUCUUACUGGAGGUUGGCAUCACCUUCUGGUCAAAAAUUUGGUCAGCGAGUUUGGGUUCAUAUCCAGGUGGAAGAUCCUUCCUUUGCUAAUGACAAUAACAGGAAUGCUGCUAUUAAUCUGAAUCUGCCUCCAGAAAGCAAUAGUACAAACACAACUAAUUUAAUUGAUGUGAACAUUGAGCCUGCUGAGACGACCCUUAGUGCACAUGCCAAACGUACUAAAGAGUUUCACUUCUAUCCGAUGGAUGUUCCAGAGCCUAAGAAAUCUCAGCCUGCUCCUGUUGUUGUUACCUCUAUGCCUGCAGCAGCUCCUGCAAACCCUACUGUUGAUGUUCCCAUGUCCAGUGCAACUGCAGCUGCUUUUGUGCCUUCUUAUAGUAUGCCUGCACCUGAGCUUGUUGUGCCGGCUGUACCUUCACCACCUGUUAAUGUGCCUAUCGUGCCUACAGCUGUGCCUGUUUCCGCACCUGCACCUGCACCUGCACCUGCACCUGCACCUGCAUUCGCAUCUGCAUCUGGCCCUGCUUCUACGCUUGUGCCUCCACCUGUAACUAGUGCCGCAGCUCCUGAGCCUUUUGACAUAGAUGGUCACAAUGAAGAGAAGCUGCUGAGGGAGCUGGAGGAAAUGGGCUUUAGGCAGAUUGAUCUGAACAAGGAAAUCCUUAGGCAGAACAAUUACAACCUGGAGCAGUCCGUUGAUGAUCUGUGUGGCGUCAACGAAUGGGAUCCACUUCUAGCAGAGCUGGAGGAGAUGGGUUUCGAUGAUACUGAGAUGAACAAGGAGCUGCUCGCGAAGAACGGAGGAAGCAUCAAGCGAGCUGUGAUGGACCUCAUCGCCAGGGAGAAGAAGGACAAGUGAAGAUCGUGUGCCUGUGCACAUAGUUAUCUAUGAUCUACGUGUAAAUAAUGAGGCUCCGGUGCGGCCCUCGCACGUCCCAGAGCUUGCUCACCUAGAACUGUUGAUGUUAAGCGACUUCUUUAUAUCGGUCGUGCGUGUGCGUGUAGUGUCUGGUGUCGAUGAACUGUGGUGGUUGCGCGUGUGCGCCACAGGAAAGCAGUUACCCUGCCAGGUGAAUUGCUUGUAUGGAUUGGCUGUGAUGCCUUCUAUCUGUUACCGAGACAUGCGAACUUAUAAUAUGAUGCUCGAAGUAUGGACCUAUGCGAACUUAAAAUAUUUGGUGCUUGCGCUUUA